AUGUCACUAGCGGAAUUUGAUGAACUAAAAUGGGACCAUUCGUGUGAUCGUUUAGAUGUCCCUUCUAAUUACUUGAAGCGAAAAGCAAGAAAAACUCCUACAGGACUAGAGGAACUUCGUAAAUCGAUGGUCUCUGCCACAAUUUAUGUGGGUAAUCUCUCGUUUUACACAUCUGAGGAACAACUUUACGAAUUAUUUAGCAAAUGUGGGACCAUUGAGAAGAUAAUUAUGGGUUUAGAUCGUUUCAAGUUCACUCCUUGUGGAUUUUGUUUUAUAAUCUACCAGACACCGGAUGAGGCGCUGGCCGCGCUGAAGUACCUUUCAAAAACUAAGUUAGACGAUAGAGAAAUUACAAUCGAUCUAGAUCCCGGCUUCGAAGAAGGCAGACAAUUUGGGAGAGGUAAGAACGGAGGUCAAGUCAGCGAUGAACUUCGGUUUGAAUACGAUGCAUCGAGAGGUGGGUUCUACGUCCCUCUUGAGAACAGGAUUGGUGCCGUCAAUAACUUUGGUGCUAGGCGUAUCAGGGAACCCAAUAAACAUCAUCACUAUCACCAUCACGGUCAUCAUCAGCAUCAUCCUCACCACCAGCAACAGCCUCUAUCGGAAAAGAUAAACCCAAUGGAAGUGGAAGAGGAGCUAGAUAGUUAUAUACCUGGUCAAUGA